AUGAUUAUUUUAGUUACGGCUACAUUAUGUCGGUUUAUCUUGACUCUUAAAGUUUUUACCGCACCACUAGUGUUGCUAGCUGAAAGCAAUCGUGGAGAUUCUUCAAAAAAAAAAAAAAUCGUAUUAACGACUCUGAAGCUUUAUCGUGUUGAGAUCAGCAUUAGACUUGAUGAAGAAGCAGAAAAUGCAUAG